AGUGAAAGUGUAGGGUGAAUCAGCGAAUUAGAUUUUGGUACAUCUUGUUGUUGACUUCCGCUAAAUCAAGCGGCUUGUAAUUUUAGGAGUGGCUUUUUGGCAGUUUCAUCGAGCACCGAUGACAAAAACUACUGAUAUGUCCCUUUUGAAUUCUGUGUGCGUGCGGUGCCACACCGGUUUCAGACAAGAUGAGCGGAUUGUCAACUCUCACGGUGAGGUCUGGCAUGAGCAGUGCUUUGUCUGUGCCCAGUGUUUCAGGCCUUUUCCAGAAGGAGUCUUCUUUGAGUUUGAGGGCAGGAAAUACUGCGAGCAUGAUUUCCACGUCCUGUUUGCUCCUUGCUGUGGGAAAUGCAAUGAGUUUGUGAUAGGGCGUGUGAUCAAGGCUUUGAACAAUAGCUGGCAUCCUCAGUGCUUUCUCUGUGAGCUUUGUAACUGUGAGCUGGCCGAUACAGGAUUUGUGAAGAAUCGGGGAAGGGCCUUGUGUCACCCGUGCCAUCUGAAGGAGAAAGCGGCUAGCAGCGGCAAGCACAUCUGCUACCGUUGCCAUGGCGUAGUAGAGGAGGACAUGCUGAUCAAGUACAAACAGGAGCCUUACCAUGCCUAUCACUUCAACUGUACUCACUGCAGUGAGGAGUUGAACGGCACAGCGAGAGAGCUAAGAGGAGAACUCUAUUGCUUGCCGUGCCACGACAAGAUGGGUAUCCCCAUCUGCAAGGCCUGCCAUCGACCCAUCGAGGAGAGAAUCGUCACCGCCCUUGGCAAGCAUUGGCAUGUCGAGCAUUUUGUGUGUGCUCGAUGUGAGAAACCUUUCUUGGGACAUAAGCAUUACGAGAAGAACGGCAAGGCCUACUGUGAAACCCAUUAUAAUCAGCUCUUUGGAAACAUGUGCUUCUUCUGUAACAAGGCCAUCACAUCAGAGAUGAUGUGUACUAUGAGCAAGACAUGGUGUGAUGAACAUUUCUUCUGUAUGUGCUGCGAUAGUCUUCUUACCACCAAGAGCAAGUUCAUUGAGUUUGACCUCAAGCCGGUCUGCAAACGAUGCUACGACCGUUUCCCCAACGAACUCAAGAGGAGGCAGAAAAAGACGGAGAUGGCCAGCAAAAAGUAUGGCAAAAACGAGAAGUGAAGAGGAGACCUUGAUUAGCCUUAGCUAGCCAUUAUCUCAUACUGUAUAUUUCAUCAGAUAAUCACCUUUCUUUAUCAAACAACUCCUAAAUGCUAUUUUUAGUUGACCCUUUUCUUGUGUAUUGUAUUUAUGGAUACUUGACAGAUAUGCCAUAACAGGCUUAUUAUUAAUGGAGCACAUGCAUAGUAAUAUGUUUACUAAUAUUCAGUUUGAUGAAUAUUUCUGAAUAAGUAGUUGUUCUUGAUGGCCAGGAAAGCUUGACAGAGGUUUGUCUAACAUAGCGACCAUACAUCCAUGCAAAUGUUGUCAUUUAGAACAAGGGAAUUUAAAUUAACUUGUCACCAUGGGUUCUCUGAAGAAACUGCCAGAAACUUGAAUACAUUAGUUUACAGUUCUGUUCAAGUUGGUUAGUUUUGUGAUGGAAGAAUUGGCGCUGUUACAGAGUCUUACGAUUCAAAUUUCAUCUGUUACAUCUGCAAAGAAGGAUGAUGGUGAAUUACCAAAAAAAAUCCAUACAAUCUUGUUAAGAAAGCUAAUUAUAAUUUCUGAUUUGAGUAAUGUAUGUUGAAAACAAGAAUACUUAAAAAGCAAAUAAAACCUCACGAGAAAAUAUUGUGUACUUUUUCAGAGCAAGACUGGUAUGAAAUUAGACUUAGAUUUCAUUACAUAGUCUGUCAGUCACCACUACCAUAAUCUCUUGGCUUUUGUCAAUUUACUGCCCAUAUUAUGCUAAUCGGGGUAUAUAGUGACUUGAAUUUAAAUAAGGAAAAUCAGUUCUUCCAUAGCCUUUACGGUAUCCAUUAAUGUAUGUGAAUUUGUACCCCGAGAUGUGAUGGGGUAAAAUUCCAUAUGGGGAAACGCACAAAUGUUUUCAGAAAUGUAAACCUAUAUGAAUCUUACCAAUUUGUGUUACAUGACUAAGAGCAUUACAGAAUAAUUUUAUGGGAUGAAUUGUUAAAAAUUCGGGAGAUUUGAAGCACAAAAGAAGACAAACUCCAGUCUCUGUGUAGUUCUGUUACCUGUGAUAUCUUUGAGAUAUUUAUAAAUGCACAAUGAAAACUGUUUCAACAGGCCAAACAAUGUUAUAAUACAUACAUGUAUCAGUCUCUGGAAAUAUAACACUUUAAUGCCUUGCAAAAGUAUAGACUGUUCUGCUUGAUGGCAUAGAGGGCGGUAGAGCAGAUUAGGCAACUUGAUUCUGCAAAGAUGAAAUCUCACUUGAUUCCCAUUUCUUUAAAGACUGCCUAUAAGAUUCUGCUUUAGAUAAUGUGAGCCUAAUUUUGCCCCCCCCC